AUGGCGAUCCUCGCCUUUGUGCUGUUCACGUCAGCAUGCGCUUACCGGCAAGACGCAAUGCCAAUGAAUGAGUUGGAGUUGGACCAUGCGCAGCUCAUUGAGAGCACCCAAGGCCUCCUCCACACCAUCAAAGACCUCCGCUUCCAGUACCAGGGUCUUAAGGCCAACGCCUCCUUCGCAGAGCUUGACGACGGCUUGGCGCAUUUCAGCCGUGAUGGAGCUCUACUGCAGACAGUCCACGACGAAUGCAAGCAACACGUCCAUGACCUCAAAGUCUACCUGGGGCAGGAGAAAGAAGAAGACGUGGGAAAUUUCUGUCGUCUGCAUCGUGAGAAGGGGAGCUUGAUCACCUGCGACUCCAAGCAAGACUGCAUCUACGGCUGUUCGGGAGGAGGCGGACCGGGCGGGAGGUGCACCUGCGAAGGUAUCAUGAUCCAGACUUGCGGCUGCCGAAAGAAGUCUUAA